UUUCCAACUUUUUAUUGCUAUAAAAAUCAGCAGUUGCAAAUAGCUAACCAGUGUUUGUUAUCAAUGUUAUUAUUAUUGUUAUUGAUACAGUGAAAGGAGAAGUAUAUGUAGAUACUGAGAUGAGCACAUCAUAUGGGUUUGCGUUUAAUCAUUGAACAUAGAACUUGUAUGUAUUUACAAUUUCCUUUAAGAAAAGUUCCCCAAAGCAAAUCAACUAGGUCAAUGGGGAUAAACAUUUUGGGGGACUUCUACAGUGUAGCAGGACAAUUUCACAGUAGAAAUAACGAAAAGGCCUGUUUCUACAUUUAACAAGGGGGUGAUAUCAUGGACAGUUUCUUUUCCAAAUAUUUAAAAUAUUGAUUUUCAAGUUGGCGUUCAGAAAUCUUCUUCAUUAUAGGUUCCACCACUUGCCCAGGAUAGAAAUGAGAAGCUAGUCUACAGUUGCCAGAGGCAGUGUCUUACACAGGCAUAGAAGUCUAAAACUAAGACCUCCUGCCUACUGGCUACAUCACAUUCCCAAACAUGUUUACCUCUAAUAACGCCUGCUCAGCGCCUACCUCCUUCUUGCUAACUGGCAUCCCAGGGCUGGAAUCCUUGCACAUCUGGUUCUCCAUUCCCUUUGGUUCCAUGUACCUUGUGGCUGUAUUGGGGAAUGUGACCAUUCUACUGGUGGUAAGGGUGGAACAAAGUCUGCACCAGCCCAUGUACUUCUUCCUGUGCAUGUUGGCCAUCAUUGACUUGGUCCUGUCAACCUCUACCAUGCCCAAAUUACUGGCCAUCUUCUGGUUUGGUGCCUGCAACAUUGGUCUGGACGCCUGCUUGACCCAGAUGUUCUUCGUCUACUGUUUCGCCACUAUUGAGUCAGGCAUCUUCCUUGCCAUGGCUUUUGAUUGCUAUGUGGCCAUAUGUGACCCACUACGUCACACAUCAGUGCUCACCCAUGAGGUAGUGGGCUGUUUGGGGCUGGCUGCACUCCUCCGGGGGCUACUUUACGUUGGACCCCUGCCCCUGAUGAUCCGCCUUAGGCUGUCCCUUUAUCAGACUCAAAUAAUUGCCCAUUCUUAUUGUGAGCACAUGGCAGUGGUUACCUUGGCAUGUGGUGACACAACAGUCAACAACUUAUAUGGAAUGGGAAUUGGAUUCCUGAUAUUGACACUGGAUUCAUUAGCCAUCACUGCCUCCUAUGUGAUGAUUUUCAGGGCUAUGAUGGGUCUGGCAACCCCUGAAGCCAAGCUUAAAGCCCUGGGGACAUGUGGUUCUCACAUCUGCGCCAUCCUUGUUUUCUAUAUCCCCAUUGCUCUUUCCUCUCUCACCUACCGCUUUGGCCAUCAUGUGCCUCCCCAUAUCCAUAUCCUUCUGGCCAACUUUUAUCUCCUCAUCCCACCUAUCCUUAACCCAGUUGUAUAUGCUGUCCAUUCCAAGCAGAUCCGAGAGAGACUUCUACAUAUUGUUAAGGCAGGAGCUCAACCCAGGUGACUGUUCUGCAUCUAUGGCACAUAUAAAUGUUUAGUAAUGGCAGAAAAGGCUUGACUGUGGAAACCUCUGCAAUCCCUGGGUCUUACCUGAUCUGUGGGGAUAAGAGUCUAAGUGAAAUGCUAGAGCCUAUUUUGUUUGAUCAUGAGUUUUCUGUGUGGUGUAGACCCAACUUCAGGAAAUGGAGAGGGAAAAUCAGGGCAUGAGUUUUGUACUACAAUAUCCCUUUUCAUACCUAUUUAACUUCAUAAAACUAAGCAUAAUAAGCACAAGCAUACAGAUCACAAGAAGUAAGAUUUCUAUCCUCCACCCUUUUGGCAGAUAAUUUCUAAUGUCUCUUUGAGAGUGUCAUAAAGCACAAUUUCCAGAAGGUACAUUAUACUCUAACACCUUCUUGAAGACAGUCUACAAUUCUGUUAGUAAAGGUCUGGAAAAUUUCAAUUGUGUUGGCAAGCUUUGCCAGUCCUUUUACUUUCCCCAGAAAAACAUGGAGGCAAUAUGUGAUAAAUCUUAAUCUAAUGAGUUUUGGAAUGAGACCUUACUGUCCACUGGAAUCGAAGUCCUUAAACCAGGUUAUUCCCCAAUCUAAAUAGACAAAUGGCUGUGCAAUAUCCCAUAUCUCCUUCUAAUAAUAGGGUUAACAGGGAGCAGGAAGGAGGAGACAAGGGAAGGACUUUAGGAAAUUUCAUUUCAGAGGAUCUGAAUGGCAUACGUGAAACUGAGGGAAGAAGGUAACCAUGAAAUAUUGAUAUUAAGGAGACUGGGUAAAGGAUUGAAAAUCAGGGGGCAGUGAUUGUUCACUUUUUCAAAAUUUUGGCCUUCCAUGCAGGAGACUCACAUUUGAUUCCCGGCCAGUGCACCCCACGCACAGCCACCACCUGUCUGCCAAUGGAGGCUUGCAUAUUGCUAUGAUGCUGAACAGGUUUCAACAGAGCUUCCAGACUAAGACAGGCUAGGAAGAAAGGCAGAAGGCCUGAUGGUCCACUUCCAAAAAUCAGCCAAAGAAAACCCUAUGGCUCACAACAGUCUGAUCCACACGCAUUCAUGGGAAUGGCACCGGACUGGGCAGUGGUUCAUUCUGUUGUGCGUGAGGCCACCAUAAGUCGAGGGCUGACUAGACGGUAGCUAACAACUAUGCUUAUAUGUUGUUAGUAUGUAAAGGCUUUAUAAGCUUCCAAGCUGCCCCAGCUAUGCACAGAAGAAACAAGCAAGGGAUUGUGACUACAAAGGAGCUAGAAGUAGAGUAUCAUUACCCUGGAGUAUUUGUGUUGGUGUCAGAGGAAAUCAUGAGAACAGAGGUGGGAAACAAGGGAAAGGAGAACUUUAGGUUCUUGCCACUCCCUUCACCUCCUAAGCUUCCACAGCUCCCAAAUUUCUACACCCCAGCUGACACGGGCUUAGAGAUCAUCUUUCAAGGCUAAAUAAAAUAGAGAGGUGAUAUAGAUGUACAUAUGGACAUAGACAUAAGUUUAUAACUUAUAAACAGUAGUCUCUGUGCAAACAAAAAGGUCACAAGAUAAAUGUAGAAGAAUGCACUUGUGGAAGAUGGUGUAUGAGGGCUUGUGUGAGCAGUAAAGCUGCACUUGUCAGCAUUA